GCUGGCUCUACCUUCCGAUUAGAGAUAUGUUAGAGACAAAAAGCAAAAAUUGACAUGGUCGGGUUUUCAUAUGCAUAAAUUUUAGUCUUAUUAGACGGUUUUUUCUGUUUUUCCUAUUCGCGUAUCGAUUACCGAUUAACUUAGUACGUGUAGUGACCAUCUUUCCGAUCUAAUUUUCAUUUUUUUCGCUAUCGCAAUGUCCAAGUGAAGUGUAAACAAUUAAGCAAUUAAAGUACCGUGGAUAUAAUGGCAGCCUGUUUUUUAAUAAAAUUUUAAUAAAUACGGCAGAUUUGCAUGUGUUCAGUGAGUGAGGUGGUUAUAUUGUAACAUUUUCAUAAAAUGAGGGCACUACCUCGGACCCUGCUAUUUGUUUUCACUAACUUGAUAUGUCUCAGUCAAAAUAUUGUAGAAAUUUGGGGGCUGAAAUGCAAAUGCGACAUUUGCAAAAAGACCAACUAUACCUGCGAAACGACAGGAUACUGCUUCGCCUCCACGUACUUCAAAAAUGGCGUUCAGCAGUAUGACUACAGGUGUCUGGGGCCGAACCUGUCGUUACCACACAAUAAUCCGAUAUUCUGCCAUAGCAGUAACUCUUUUAACGCAACGUUCGCGAUGAAGUGCUGCAACAAGGAGGAUUAUUGCAACAUUCAUUUGAUGCCUGAGCUCACGCUUCGGCCGCAAGAUGUUACGACAAAAAGUCUCUGCCAGAAAUCGUAGUACAGGCCAACAGAACGGCUCAGUAUUGCAACGAAACCCUGUUCGACGUUGCUAAUUCUGAAUUCUCGUCAGUUCUCACGACCUGUUGUAACGAUAGGGACUAUUGUAAUGACAGGCGGUUGUAUAUCGAUCUCAAAGCAGCGAUCAAGGAGCCCGCAUACUUCACCUCGCUGGAGAUCGCUGCCUUUAUAGCCAUCCCUACUCUGAUCUUAUGCAUCGUCGCGGGGGCGGUAUAUUUUGUGCACACCUCGUACCACCGCAGGGACGCUGCACACAGGCAUCUCAGGCACGGGGAUGAUGCGUUAGAGGCGCCGGAGCAUCCCUUGUUGAACAAGGGUGUCAGCCUGAAGCAUAUGAUCGAGAUGACGACUAGCGGAAGUGGGUCAGGUCUUCCGCUGUUGGUGCAACGCAGUAUCGCCCGCCAAAUCCAGCUGGUCGAAAUAAUCGGACAGGGAAGAUUCGGCGAGGUGUGGAGAGGAAGGUGGCGAGGAGAAAACGUAGCGGUGAAGAUUUUCAGCUCGAGAGAGGAGAGGUCGUGGUUCAGAGAGGCGGAGAUAUAUCAGACUGUCAUGUUGAGGCAUGACAAUAUUCUUGGAUUCAUUGCUGCCGAUAAUAAGGAUAAUGGAACGUGGACUCAGUUAUGGUUAAUCACCGACUAUCAUGAGUAUGGUUCUCUGUUCGAUUUCUUGGGGAGGAAUACGUUGGAUACCAAUGGAAUGAUACACAUGGCGUUGUCGAUUGCAACUGGUCUUGCUCAUCUUCAUAUGGAUAUCAUGGGAACACAGGGUAAACCUGCAAUUGCCCACAGAGAUUUGAAAUCGAAGAAUAUUCUCGUGAAGUCAAAUGGAACUUGUGCUAUUGGCGACUUAGGAUUGGCUGUCAGGCAUGACGUUACUACGGAUACGGUUGAUAUUCCUUUGAAUAACCGCGUUGGAACGAAGAGAUACAUGGCUCCUGAGGUGCUUGAUGAAACAAUGAACAUUGACCAGUUUGAUUCUUUCAAGAGAGCCGAUGUCUAUGCUCUAGGUUUGAUAUUUUGGGAAAUUGCGAGGAGAUGUAACGUCGGCGGUAUUUACGACGAAUACCAGUUGCCAUUUUAUGAUGCAGUUCCUCCGGAUCCCACUAUCGAAGAAAUGAGACGGGUGGUGUGCUGCGAACGGCAGCGGCCGAGCAUUCCGAACCGGUGGCAGAGCUGCGAGGCGUUGCACGUCAUCUCGAAACUGAUGAAAGAGUGCUGGUACCACAACGCGACGGCCAGGUUGACCGCGUUGCGUAUCAAGAAGACGUUGGCGAAUUUCAGGGCGUCGGGAGAGAUGAAGGUGUGAAGAGGGACCGCGGAACGCUGCGAGGAACUAUUGAACGGAAGGAGCGAGAGCAAGAGAGAGUGACGGUUUUGUAUAAUGAUGGUGCGCUUGAAACCAGUUGUCCUAAGUUCUUUAUACCCUGUAAAAAUGUUUUAUACCAAACUAAUAGGUAGUUUCGAGUGGUUUUUAGUAUUAUGUGAUUUUUUAUUACUGCUAGUUGGGUCGCCUGUUUUUCGGAGUUAUAUGAAAUAUAACGCGAAAGGACUCCAUGCUCUUGCCCAGUGGUUUUAUUUUUAUCCAAAUCUUUAUACACAACUUUAUUUUAUACAUUCCUAUCGUUACAUGUAAACACUUUUUGUCUCGAAUUGUGUAUUUCAACUGUGCUCUAUUAUUAUUGAAAAAGAAAAGUGUGGAGAUUCGUUAGACCUCACUUGUCAAUACAUUUUUUUUAAAUGAUUGAAAUAUGCUUCGUCAAUCGUCAGAGAACAUUAGAAAUAAAGUCCCGAAAAAUAUGGCAAUUUGAAAUUCAACUGCCCUGGGAGGUUCGUUCCAAAGUUCAUUGGUGCUAUUGGGUCUUUUAUAUCUUGAUAUAUCAUUUUUGUGCAUGCUAAAGGAACUGUUGCCAAUACGAUUGCAAGUUUACCUCUUUUAUGAAAAAUGAUUACAAAAUCAUAUUACGGUACAUCUCCGAAAACCAGGCGACGGUUCUUAACAUGUUUGUCUUAUUUUUAAGACGCCCUGAACGUCAUGAUUUUAUUUGCCGACACAUAUGAUUCCAUAUCUUUUUACUGCCUCCUACAUACCACAUUACCAGUGAUAUUAGUUUAAAUAAUUUAUUUGUUUAUCCUACUCUGUUACUAUCACCUGUACAUGAUGGGUUUGCCUCUGUUAUAAAUAUUAAGUACAUUAUUUGGUAACUGAAGUACACUUUAUUCGUGUAAUAUAUAACUUAACAAGUACGAAAACAAAGUGUUAUUAAUAACAGAAAAAAAAAUGCUUAACUUACAAUUUGUAUUGUAUUUGGUUAGGUGUUCUGAUAGAAGUUUUGCAAUACAGCUUUAUUUAUUGACUUCGUUCAAAGUAAUUUACGCUGCAUUCAAUAUACUUCAGUUUCGAUCAAAUACUCGGUGCAGGCUUUGGCAGGAGCGUUUUCAUGGUGGAGGCACCAAGUGUCCAUUCUUGACGCAGGUUUUUCAUCGACUCUGUGACUUUAGGCAGGCACUGUUCCGUGUACCAUUUAGCUGUGACUGUCUUCUGUGUGUCCAAAACGACGCAAUCCCGCUCGAUUCGAAAAAUACAGCUAUUUUUUUUAAUACUCCAACUACCACGAAGGCCUAAGGCCUAAACACCCAUUGGGUACCCUGGGGCUAUAGGAGGAUACAGGGGAAAGGGGGAACGCCACAUGCACACAUUCUGGCUCCGCCUACGAGAUCCGCCGGGUGGUACCUCCGCGUUCGACAGUCAGAGACCGUCUACCACCUACGGACAAUCACAACAUCCAUAGCCUAGAGAAAAAUUUCUCCUGGGACGGGACUCGAACCCGCACAGCGAAGAGUCUACUACUGCGGCCACCGCUGCUGCCUGCUAUCAUUUCUUUCUUAACAGAUCGGGAUUUUCUCGUCAUCUCGUCAGAGAGAACAAGUUUCCUUAUGUGUAAAUGGUCAUGCAGAAUUGCUGGAAAGUUGACAGAUGUAUUUUGUCCUACUUUAUACAUAACUUAUUGAAAUCGAUUUACAAACAAUUCCAUAUAGAUUUUUAUCAUCACAUUAUCGAAGUAUUUAUGUUUUAAUAUGCUUUAUUUAUAUGCCUUUGAAAGCAGUCGCUUUUCUGUAGAUACAUGUAAAUUCACAUUUUGUUUUACUUUAAAUUUUAAUAUAAUUGUUAAACACGAUGUACAAAUUUUCUUUUUUAGUGAUAUAUUUGUAUACUAUUUUAGGUAUUAACAUUAACAGUAUAUAGGCUAACAGGGAAAACAACGUUUUCUAUAGAACUUAGAAGAUAUAUUUUAUCCUACAACUACCGUGGACGAUCAGAGAGAAAGACGUAUUUUGGUAAAUGUUGAUUUUUGUAAACCAUGCAUACCUAAAUGUACGGUGAUUUAGCUUGAUAUUGAAUCCAGAUAGGAAUAUGAAAACUAAAAUAUAAACAUCAUACAACAGAGGAUCCUUUUUUGAAAACCUUGAUCCUUUAUCUAAAACGAGGACUUUUUGUGAUUAUGUUUUGCACCUGUACGAGUAUCACACUUUAUCUUGUUCUUCCUAGCAUCUCAGCUUACUUUAAAGUCAGAGUUAAUUUUUUGUUUCAUACUUUGAAUUAGCAGAAUUCGUGCGGCUGAAUUUUUAAGUCAUUCACAAGAGGGCAGCUAAAAGCUAGGUGGUAACUGGAGUGAGGAGAAAUGACAACUCAAGCAAGAAUGCUCAGCGUGUAAGUGCUUAUUCAUUGUAUACGAGGUUCGUCCGGAAGAUACGUAUAAAAUUGUUCUUGUAUUUUAAUAUGGUCUCCUCCAAAGUACUCCCGCUGAGGCAAGAUGCACUUCUGCUAACGCCGUUUCCACUGUUGAUCCACCCUCGUAUUUAAAAUCUGAUAUGCCUGUGUCCAUUUGCCACCGAUUUUGAUUCGAAAAAAUAAUUUCUUCUGUCGUUUCGUGUUGAAGUUGAAAUUCUCUGUAGUGGUUUCAGUAUCAAACAAAAUCACCCACGAGAUGUUCUAAUAGACUGUUGAACAUAUUUUCUUGUAAUCAGGGAUGUAAGAUUUAUCUUCGGUGUUUAGCAAGGAUUGAAACGAAAUAUUCUUAGUGCUUCGUAGGGCUUCAAAUAGUGCGUUGAAUAUUGCAAUAAACAAAAAAGUAAGCUACCCAGCCUGUGCAUUACAUUUGUAAAUAAUGAAUAUUUACUGUUCGGCGCGAGGUUAGAAAUUUGAAAUACUGAUGGUGCGUUCUUUGAGUAAAACAUUAAAAUUGAUCUUGUUUUCUCCAAUAGUGGUAAUUUUAUUGCAAAAUAAUAACGUUUAACUUAGCAUUAUGGAAAAUGUAAUACGCAGCUGGUCGAGGUGGUUUAAAGUCAACUGAACUGUGAAUGCAUAUGUAAAAAACCAAGAGAGUUGUUUAGAAAUAUUCAAUCAUGCAACAACUGAACUGUGUAGAACGGAUGUUCUAGUACACGCUCUAGAACUGCGUUGGACAUUGCUUAAUUCUCUAUUCCAGAUUCCAAUGAACGCGUUGAAAAGCUCCGAACAAUGAGGUACAACAUUUCAAUCCUGAGUGAUUUUGAGCAAAGCAGUGAGAUACAUUUUUUACAGUAUUUUUUUAUACGCUCCAAUUAUUUUUUGAACGCGAAGAAUUUCGGGGUGAUAACAUUGAGAAACCAACAUGCAAAAUUAUAGUUACCAUGUAUGUCCGCACCAGAAUUUGCAAAAAAUCCACAAGCAAGUACAAAUCGACUGUGGAUGGAGCGCUGACAAACACCUACAAACGUGUGAUUCAAGUCCACACCAAACAAGCACUGCAUUUGAAUACGUUUAUAAACAUUUUGCGCGUUCGGUGAGUACACGCCUUUAGGUCCAGUGGCAUCGCUAGGUGCGAAGAAAUUAAAUCUACGAUUUCUAUUGGUGAGUCCAACGAAACGGAGCGUACGUAUACGCUGUAAACGAUGAUCGUUUACUGAUAUGAUCUUUCCUGUUUUUAGAUAUAAUAGAAUCCUCUUUAUUCCUAUUGGUUGAGCUGCAAAAGACGGUCGUGUUGGUUGACGAAUCAACGCCAGGCAUUUUUUUGCGACUAUUCCUACUUGCUGAUAAGAGCAUUCGAACGAGUCUUGUUUUUUUUUUGUGGGAGGCGUGAGAAAUGAAAUCUACGAUGAUCGUAUUGGUCGACCAAUCUCCGUACUGAAUUUUUACUGUUUUUUUGCGCUACAUGCGCCGAAAGAGGAUCCUCUUUAUUCCCAUUGGUUGAGCUACAAAAGGCGGUCGUAUUGGUUGACGAAUCAGCGCGAGGCAUUUUUUGUGCGAUUAUUUCUACUUGCUGAUAAGAGCAUUCGAACGAGUCGUGUUUUUUUGUGGGAGGCGUAAAGAAAUUAAAUCUACGAUGUGUAUUGGCGAAUCCAACAAAACGGAGCGUACGUGCAGUAAUGGACAAAAGUAUAUAGACAAAUCAAUAUUGUGGUGUAUUUCUUUUUUAACUUGUUUUAUUAAAAUACACCAACCUGUAUAAAUAAUUCGUUAUAGCAUAAUACUCAGUUAUACAAAAAUAAAUUCAUUAGACCCUCUUCAAUAAAAAAUUGAUUGAAAAAAAACUGGAACUGUGAAGGACAAAAAUAUAUAGACAAAGCAAAACAAUUAUAGAAAAAAGAAGCAACGUUUCAUCAAUCUGUCUCCACUUUUGCUCUAAUGCGGCAAAAAGUUCAUCCUUGUUUGAAAAAUUUUUAUGUCGUAUUUGCUUAUCUGAGUAUUCCCAUAGAUUUUCAAUGGGGUUUAUAUCGGGAGACUGUGAAGGCCAUUUGAGAACUAGUAUUUUUUCAUCCAGAAAGAAUUUCUUUUUCCUCGAGAUUAGCGGCUUCUUACUGGGGCGACGUGCAAAUAACUUCAAAUCAUUUAAUCUUCUACUUAUAGUUUUCGUAGAAACACUGACAAUUUUAUUUGUCUUGGGGUUCUAAACGGAUCUUUGGACGUAAUUACUUUUAUUAAUCUAACCGAUCUAGCAUUAGUUUUCUAGGCCGACCACUUCCCUUAGAGGCUUCCAAGAUACUUUUUUGUUUAUAUUUGUUCAAUAUUGCCCGAACUGCUUUUCGCUUCAGCUUCAAAUUUUUGGCAAUGUCGACGUUGACUAUUUUUGUAUAACUCAAUAAUCUUAGUUUUCACAUCGAAAGAAAUUUCUGGACCACUCAAAUUAUUCCACAAUACUUGAUGAACACAAACUAAUCCUCUUCUGACACGAAACUGUACUAAACUAAUGUUGAAAAGAAUUUGUCUACAUAUUUUAAUCCCUCAUAAAAAAACUGCUUAUAUUCAUUGCAGAUAAUGUAAAAACAAGGAAUUCAGUUUUUCUACUAAUAACGCAUUUGUUUAUGGAGCAAUGAAGUAUGAAUUCAUUUUCUAAAGGUAUUUAGGUAAAUAUUCAUAUUUGUCUAUAUACUGUAAACGAUGGUCGUAUUGGUUGACCAAUCCCCCAUAAGGAAUUUUUUGGGCGACUAACUCCGUUCACUGAUACGGGCGUUAGCACUGAUCUUUCCUGUUUAUUUUGCGCUAGAUGCGACGAAAUAGAAUAAUACGGCCAGAGUAUCAAUCAAGCCGAAAGAACGGAUAACUUGUACGUUAAUCAUCAACACUAUCAAUGUCAGUGGCAUUUUUCCUCCAUUUCUCGCGAUAGUAGCGCUUCUGUGCUUCUUGUACAUGGUCAAUCCUUGAUCUGUGUAGUUUCGGAAUCAAACGACUUGUUGUCAUUGUACCAUAAAAACCUAUCCUACCAUCUAUGGAGCAAGUUGGAUACUUCGAAUGUGUCAAAUACUAUGGGUAUGCAAUAUUACGGUUCAUGAGAUUUUAAACUACCGGUGUAUUUUGCUUAACGUUUCAGAUGGUUUUUCCCAAGACUGACCAACAUCAUUAGUCAACAGUAAAGACGAUUUUCAGCAUUUAGAUUCCAUACAAUUGUACACAUAUAAGUGUUCCAUAAGGUGUAUACGCAUAAUUAAGGUAUCCUACCUGAAAGGUGGGAUGCGUUAGUCGAUCGUUACACGUAUAGAUACUAAGCCACUGUCACCUCACCGUAAGAACAUUGCGGACAUUAUAACACGUUAAAACAUUAAAAAUUAUAUACUGCAAGUUUUACGAAAGUGUAAAUAUAUUACUAUAUGCGAUAAAUUUUGGUUGAUUAAAUCUUUGUAUGGUG